ACCAUAUCUAACUAAAGAACCGCUGCAUUAACUUGUGAGUGUAUGUCCAUGUCCAUGUCCAUGUGUAAAAAUCGCAACUCUCGCAAUUGAUGUCUUUUUCCAAUGUCUUAACCAUGCGACAGCCCGAUGAGGGUAAGUGCCACAUUUGCAAGCGGGUUUUCUGUUGCGGCAAGUGCCGCCAGAAGCAUCAGUUCAAAGCCCACGCCAUUGCUGUGCGGGAGCCAUUGGGAUUGAAGGCCUCCAGCGGCGGAGUCGCGGAGCACCGCCAUCAGAUGGAGUCGGGAGCCACCACCAUCUACGUAUUCUGCCCGAUCUGCGAGCGGCGGCCACUGCUGCUCCGCGAGGAGAUGCACGACGAGCUGCUGGCCCACAUCGAAACGUGUCACCUUCCCUUGAGAUGCCGCAAGUGCCAGCGCAACUACACGCGCAUCGAUGAUCUGCGGGAGUUCAGCAAGUGUGUGGAUCAGCAGCAGAGCUGCACGGGCACCACCUGCAACGAUCUCACCGGCGACACGGAGGCAUCCAAGGUGACGGUGAGGAAGGCAUCCAAGGUGACGGUGAGGAAGGCAUCCAAUAGCACCGCCAUCUCCACGCAAACGUCCCCCGGCGUAACGCCCAUUUCGCUGAUCAACAUGCGCUGGAAGGCCAAGAGCCGCAUCACCCACGAGGAGUUCAUCAGCGACAGCGUCUCCUCUAUACGCAACCUCUCCUCCAUCAGCAACAGCUCGAUUCGCCGGUCCAUCGGCCACCUGGGCGUGAAUCCGCCGGAAACUGUGGAAAAGGGAAAGGUCAUACGAUCAACAUCAACGCCACUGCAGGUGGAAUCGGUGUUCGCCAAGCCCAAGGAGCCGAUUACCUUCAAUGCAUCCAAUGGCGGCCAUGUUUCCAGCAUCUACCAGGAGGAGCCCAGUCCGGCUUUGGAGAGCAAUCCCGUCCAACAGCCGUUCCAGCAGCGCACCUGGAAGAUGGGCGCCCGCCAUAAAAUGAGCGCCGCAACGCCAUUGCGCCAGGUGAUGUCCAAGAGCAUUCAGAAGGCCUUCGUGGAGCAUGGCGGCAUGCUGGUCAACCAGCCCACAUCCGGCGUAAUCCAGCGUCGCGUGCGCCUCGAUCUCAGCGAGCACAAUUCCUCUGAGGCGGCCGGAUCCUCCGCUCUGGACCUGCGUCUCUCGCCAGCCAUGCGGCGCACGCAGAGCGAAUCAAGCACUUCGGAUAUCAGCGGCUCCUCCACGCAAAAUCCCGAUCUCUACAAGCGGCCGUUCCUGCUGUCCGCCCAGAAACUCACCACCGAAUCGAUCAUCAUCACCCGGAUGAAUUCCAAUUCGCGGGAGAGCUCCUCCACAGUGUUCAACUCCUGCGAGAGCGUGGAGAUCAUCCGCUCCACCUCGGAAUCGGCCGAGGUACAUGUGCCGGCCAUAACGCCCAUCCGUGUCACCGGCGGCGUCGGGAUCAACAAGAAGCAGAUUAAGUUCGAGACGCCGUUAAAGAGCGGCCAGCAGUUUGUGGUCAGUGGCGAGGGUGAGGGUGAGGGCGAGGGCGACGUUACCAAGGAUCAAUUCUUUACACCAGAUCCUGGGACUCCAGAACGACCGGAGCGGCGACGCCAGGCGAUUGUGCCGCGCCAGCUAAGCGGCGAGUUUUCGCCGAAGAAGGACAAGUGCAAGGAGAAGGAGACCACUGUUCUGGCCCUGGUCUCCCCGCCAUUGCAGCGCCCCAGGGCUCGUCCUCCGUUGCGGGAAUGCCGGCAGAAGAGAGUCUUCAGCGGCGUGCAGGACGUAGGAUGUGAGCCGGAGGACGAGGAUGAGGAGGACGAGGUGUUUCGGCCCACGAACGCCUCCACGCGGAAUGACAAGAAACAGGAGGGCGCCUCCUCCGGUCGCCUGUGGUCACUGAUGAGCUCCAUGAUGCGGCUGCCGGCCACCCUGCGUGGUGAGAAGGAGAAGGAUCAGGAAAAUAAGGAGAACGCUGGAUCGGGCUCCCUCAUCCGCCGAUGCGCCUCCAUCGCCGGCUCACUGGUGCGUCCGGGCGCCAAGGAGUCGUCCAUGGAGGACAACCAGAGCCUCAAGCGGAAGCGCACCCAAACGCUGGACAACCAGUACUGCAGCCCGCUGUCGCCAUCCAGUUCCUCGAAGCGGUAUCGCAUUCGGUCCAGGGAACCCAUCGAGCGCAUGCGUCGCCACUAGAAUUUAAGUGUUUAAUUGCAAAUUUGUGUUUUAAUUGUGAAUUGAAUUUCUUUUUUAAUAAAUGUUUGGUAUUGCA